AUGGAAAGUGCGACUCUAUUGCAGCAAGUGACCGCUUUGAAAAGUGAGUUGGAUGCGGUGGACGCAAGUAUAACGUACGAAAUUGGAAAGACUCGAGAGAUCGAGUCCUCAAUCGUCCUCUGUGAGGACGAAGUGCGAAGCUGGGAAGAUGAGGAGCAAAGUUUGCUCAGAGAGCAUUGCACCUUUGCAACACAAGCAGAAGACUUUGAGAACCUGAAACAAGCUCUAAAGAAGGAGAAAAACAGACUAGACGAAGAGAUUCUGCUGGCAAAGCGUAUCAAAGACGAGAAGCAAGAGCUUUUAGAAAAACAGAGGCAGGAAUUCAUUGACUUUUGCAAGUCUUUUCAUAAAGCCCAGCUAAAGGUUGAUCUAGCUAAAGAGCGGAAGGGCUUCGAGCAAGCCUGCAACCAGUUGCAGAAAAGCAUCGACAAGGUUUCCGCAGAGACUGAGCUCCAAAAAGAGCAAGAUGCAAAUCGAGUGAGGACGAAGAAAUCGGCUGUAACUCGUUUGCGGGACAAAAGAGAAGGUCUGAACCUUAACGUGAAGACUGCCGAACGGACAUUAGCUGCAGCCAAAGUCAGGGCCGAGCGCAUUGCCAAAGAAACCGUAGCACAUGAGCGUGACCAGACUCUCAGAAGGUUGGUGGCUGAACUUGAUGCGGUAGAGGACGAGAUAGCGACCCUCAGCGAUUGCACUGCGGGCCUCGAAGCGCAGCUACCAAAGAUAACGAACGAGAACUGGAUGUUGGACAACAGAAUCAAGCAGAAGCGGGCCCAGUGCAAUCGGUUGGAGCAGCGCGCCAAAGUCCACGAGAUCACUCAGAUCUCGGCAUGCUUUGAGGCGAGCUUGAACGAAGAAGCCGACGACUACUCUCGUCCGGGACGAGAACUUCCUCAGCAGUCGUCCAAGGUCAGCCAAGCUUACGAAGCACCGGCGACAGGAGAGUGCGGUGAAGAUCCAUUGCCAACGUUCACGCGGUUUGGUGUAAGGAAAAACAGGCCCCAAAUGAAACCGCUCUUCGAUUACGAUGAUAGUAAGUUCAUGAGACCAUACACAGGCAGCGCCAAGAUCACGGAGCUGGAAGAUUCGCAAGCGCAGUCAGACGAGAACGCUGAGCUCUUGAACUACCAGUGGAGUAAGAAACGAACUCAAUGA